GGGAACAAGUUUUCAUCAAAUAUCCCCAGAAAUACCAGACAGAGACCAGAACAGGGUCCUAAACACGGGUAAAUAAAAGUAAAAUGACAUACAUGGUUUACUGGAAUGAUUAUCAACAUCUCUGUUAGUUUGUUAUCCUAUGCCAAGCAUGUUCUGUUUUCAUGGCUGUGGGUUUAUCUGUCAUCUGUUUGUCCUUGUGUGUUAGCGAUGGGUAGGUGAUCAUCCAAGUAUGAUCCCAUUAAUUUAGGUAAGAAUCUACCUACUGAUGACAUCAAAAAUAAAUCUACAUUUUCCCCACGUAAUGGGCAAAUCUGUAACUGUAAAAAUGAACUUGUUCAGCUUCAAGAUGUGAUGUGUUAUUUGUUCAUACUGAUACGGCUUUGUUCACAUGUGUAUAUUUCAUAUUUGACAUUUAAACAGAUCAGGAGGAAUUUUGCCAUGCUUGUGUAAGAUUGUAACAGCUAUAAGCAGGUAAUGUUCAAUACAGAUCCAAACAGUCUUCUGGUGACACUGAAGUAUUCAAACCUCGGUAGAGAUCUACGCUCUCUCAGUGCUUUUGAUUUAUUUGUUAGUAUUUCAUCUCAGUUUCAGCUCUGCAGUGAGUCAUAAAGAACAUCAACAGGAUAUGAUAUUCAUGAAAUCCUCAAAACAUGGUGAUACUAGUGCAAUAAAUGUCAAUGUCAUUUUGUUCACAAGUUUGGACAUCCUGGGCUUUUCAGUCAUGUUUUUUUUCUUCAAAAUGGCUGACAUACAGUACCAACAACCACAUUUUAUGACCCUUGCAUCGCUGCAGCGUUUGUCUACAGCACUGAACAUCCUGGAAAAGUAUGGCUGCAACCUGACUAAUCCCAACAGGCCAAAGUACUGGAGAACUGUCAAACACAACAACCCAGUGUUCAGAGCCACCGUCGAUGCCAUUCAGGGAGGACGAGCCGUGUUGUGUCUCUAUGGUUACUCCAAUCAGCAGCCAGAUGGGCUCAGCUUCCCUGAUGAUGUCACUGAUCCUGAUGUGGGCCGAGUUGCUGCGGUAACGUUAGAGGUGAUGAGUCUGAGGAUGGAACUAGAAAUGCUUAUCAAGGAGACUCACCCUCACCCUGAGUUCUAUGAGAGAAUCCUUGCUACGCUGAGACACAAGGACGUAGGUCUAAAUACUGAUGCUGUGGUCUACUACUCCUCUGCCAUCUCAUGCAACUCUGACGGUCAGAGCAAGUCUCUCGCCUUCCCUCUGCACCAUCAUUCCACCAGGGGGAGCAGUCACAGCCACUCUCUGUCCUCCAACCACCAAGGUCUCAGGUCCAUUCAAGUCUUCUCCACCUCCUCAAACAAACACCCAGACAUGUUCCGGGCGGGUUUGAGGUCUCACAUAUCAAGUUUCAAGUGAAUACAGCAAUCCCAAUUAGAG